AUGCAAGUGGUGUCAGUGGUCAAUACGUCAACUGUAUCUUCUUGUCGAGGGAAAUGGAAAGAGCCAGUGGGAUUCCGAGGUCAGCUGCAGCCAAUCAGGCGACUGCAGGCUCAUCGACUUUCGAGCGAUGCAGCCAAUCCGAGAGCGGAGUUUGGUGAUGCUGGCCGUUUGGCAAUUUCCAUCAAGUCAACUGAUCCCUUCAUUUCAGACUGUCUUCUCCAUCGGAUGUCGGGAUUAUUCUGCCUGCUGGCUCUUGCGGUCUUCCCAGGCUGUCUUGGCGGCAGAUUAACACCGUACGAACGAUCUUACGGUUACUGCACCUAA